CACCACUGCCAUUCUCCCUCCUUGCCAUAGUUCUCAUUGUUGCUGUUUUGUGGCCGGUGUGUUUGCUAGUUUAUAUUUUUGGUUGUUUCUCUCGCGUAGAGCCAUUUCUCUCGGAAAUAGUUCGUAUUUUACGCGACGAUAUUCAUCAACCGACAAUCGAGAUAAUUGACGGAAAACGCGGGAGAUACGUCGGAGGUGGUUGUCGGCGGCGGCGGGGAAGAUGGAAAAUUUGGAGGAGGUGUUGCAGGCGCUCGAUGAGUUCGCGAAGAUGCGCCCCACGGUGAUCCCGCAGGAAUUGGAGGAUUAUCUCUGCUGGGUCGCGAAGACCGGCGACCCGGUCUACCAGUGGCCGCUGAUCAAGACCCUCUUCCGGGAGAAGCUCACCCGGGUGAUGACGGACUUCUACGAAAACUGUCCCAAUUUGGAGUUCGCGACCUGCCCGAACGUCGAGCACUUCAACUACGACGCGAUGAAGAGCACCCUCCUCGAGAGACUCGAGUCCUUCGCGAACGCCCCGUUCACCGUUCAGCGGAUAUGCGAGCUUUUGACAGCUCCGCGUAAGGAGUACAACCGCGUGGACAAGUUCAUGCGCGCCAUCGAGAAGAACAUCCUGGUGGUGUCGACGCGCGAGCCAGGACCCAUAGCUAGACGCGGCGAGACCGGUGACGGGAUGGUGAACGGUUCCGUCGAGGACGACACGGCCUCGGUCACCCAGCAGCAACCACCGCCACCACCUCCGUCCCCUUCGCCAGCCCUGUCGCCGUCACAGUUGCCGUCGUCACCGCCACCGUCGUCGCAGAUCCAACCCCAGACUCAAUCUGCGCAACCGACUUCCCAGGACGUCGAGAUGGAGUACUGGGAGAAGGAUUGCACCUCCACCGUCACCAUCAGUGUGCACACUGUCGCUGAGAAUGAAGCUUCUCUUCUGAACCCUGAUAUCGUAGCACCUACUUCUGAGUCUCCAUUGACCAAGAGCAUAUUUAGUACGGAUGAGGCUGCUACUCGAGAGAAAGUCGAACGAGAGACCUCUCCUAGGACAGAAGUAUCAGAAUCCAAUUAUAUUUCUGCCACUUCCGCAGAGUUCUCUUCUAUAUCGAAUUUAACUUCGCAGUCGCACGAACCGAUAUCGCCAGACGCGUCUGAAGUUCCCAUCGUACAGAGUCUACCAGCUGUUGGGACGAUAAUCAACGACAAGGUCACCGGUGACUCAUCUGUCGGUGCUACUGAUAUUGCGGAGGUGAUGAUGAACGAGGACACUAACUCUCAACCUAAUCUAGAUAUGGAGAGCGAGGAUGUUGAAGCAGCGACAACGGCGAGUUCCACGACGACGACGACGACAACGGUAACGACGACAGCGGGGACAACGGUAGCGCCGUCGACGACGUCGGCGGCGACGUCGACGUCAUCAGCGGCGACAACGACGGUGACUGUGGUGGCUACGGUGAUACCAUUGACGACGGAUACUACGCGGAAUCUACAGGCCGCCUUCCAAGCAAAACGCUUUGAAUCCGAUAGCGAGAACAAGUGUCUGGAUAGUAAAUCCGAUGAGAAAGCACCAAUUUCAUCGACGGUGAUCAGCGUGGAAGAAGGAGGAGCCGGGCAUUCCAUGAAGAGCGAGGAAACGACGUUGAACAAAUUGAAUUCCGAAUGUAUGGAUUCGAAUGAAAUGUCUUGUAAUGAAGAUAGAUUAACCGAGAAUUUAUUACAAACUGAUAUUGAUAUGAGACCGGACACUUUGGCAAAUAAUAAUACCGAGAGUGUAAAUGCCGAGGAAAUAGUUUUAAAUAAAUCGGAGGAAGAGAGUACGUCGAUUAUCGAGGAUGUGGACGAGGAAAGUUUGCGUUCCAAGAGCGACGACAACGCGAAAACAGCUAUAUCCGUCGAAUCUGAACUCGAAGAAAUAGAUAGUACAGUUACAUCCUACCCAUGUAUGAGCGCAGUCAUUGUAAGCAACAGUGAAGCGUUGUACAAACCAGAGAAACCUGAGAUACACUCUAAAGAGGUGUCUGUGAUGAUUUCUUCCAAGGAAAGUUUUAUACACGAUGAACCCAUAAGCCAAAAAUUGAGAACAGAAGUAACGGAUAAUGUUAUAGAAGCAGUUCCUAGAGUAGCGUCUCCUAAUAGCAAUGAUAACGAACAAGAAGAAGUACAGGUUCCUGAAUUCGGCAUGGAUAAUAUGAAAGUCAUGGAAAUUUCCAACGACAAGACUGCUCUUGUCGAAUCUAUGGUAUCACUUCCAAUAAAUAUAAUAGACAAACCUAAAGAAGCGACAUCCGUAAUUGAAAAAUUUGUUCCUGCCGAGAUGAAAAGCCCUGAUAAUAAUUGUCAAUCUCUGAAGGAUGAGAAGUUAACGGAAGAAAUUCAAGAUGAUAGUUUAACCAAUGCACAAGAUAAUAAAGGAACAGUGUGUAUUACUACAAAAGAAAACCAGUCUUCUGUAAUAGAAAGUGUAAUUUGUAUAAAGGAACAUGAAUCUACGGAAUUAAUGGACGUCGAUGACGAGGAAGGACUGUCGACGUUUCAACAGGAUGAACCUAUGGAGCAAGAAACAAUGGAGGAAUUGUCAAAGAGUUAAUCCCAACUAAUCUAAUCAAUUGCUGUUUCUCUCUCAUUUGAUAUUCUAUCUACUGUUUGUACAGAUAGAUAUCGAAAUAAGAGCCACACAACACAUAAGUAUCUUUACGCAUGAGCAAGUGCGUGGCAUAUAAAUUUCUACAGCCGUUAAUUAUUAAUUAUAUGUGAAAUUUAAAUUAUGAGUAAAUAUUAAGUAGCCUUCAAUCAAGUUUUUCUUGACAGUUGUAACUUAAAUAUUAUUUUUCGCUCUUCUAUUUAUUUUGGAUUUAUCAUUAGACUGAAUAAGCUCCAGCAUUCACUUAUAAAGAGAUUUAUCGAAAGGAAUUUUCUAACUCUUAAAAGAAAAAGAACACUGCCUACUCCCUAAAAAAGAUUGUAAUACUUGAAAAAAUUGCUUGUGUAUAGAAGCCAGAUUUGGUAAACGUUUCAAUAUGGAUUUAUACAAAUACCGUAAAUGUCUGCUUAGAAUAAGGUUGUGCCUAUAAAUAUUAUGUAUAUUGCACAAGUAUAUCUAAUAAAUAAAUUUUUAAAUAACGUGCGUAAGAGAGACCAGGAUCACAUUCGAGGAACAUUUCGCGAAGAUAAAUGAAACGGCAUCGUUCGUGUAAUCACAGCCUUAUACUAAGUUUCGAUUUCGGAAUAUUUAUCUUGGAAUUUUUGUAAAAUAAUUCCGGAAAAAAUAUAUUCGAGAUUGAUCAAAAAUAUAUUCCUUGCGACCUUUCUAUAUUACGCAACAGCAUUUGAAAAUGUUAAAACAAUGUUGCUUCGAAAAGAUGUGUAUUAAAACUUUGAUUAAGCUAAUUUAAGAUCGAUAUUUCGGAUGUAUCUAUGCCUAUAACUGGAAUCAGUGUAUAAAGUAUAUUUCACGAUUUCAUCAGUGAAUAGGUAUUUUUUUUUAUAAGCGUUUGCUAUAUAUAAAAUGUGAAAGAAAUUAAUAUAAAGCUAAAAUUUUCAACUUUUAGCUUUUUGAUUUUUUGACUUUUCUUUACGACUUGAAAUAUAAUAUCCUGGUUCCAGGUAAAUAUAAAAGUUAUCGACUCUGCGCGAAUCUAAACGAAAAUCUCUUUAGGCAGCCCAUUACAAAUUGAUACAAUUCUUAUUAAAAUCGAUUCACGAAUUAAAAUCCGUUAGGAUUAUUCCGAACCGCUUAUACAAUUACAUAUACUUGCACAAAAUGUUUUCAAGCGGAUUCGAAUUCAUUGCUGAUCUAUGAAAAUGUUAUUAGAAAAAUAUCUGUAGGAAUGGGAUAUUAAUUUAAGAAUUAAUAUAGAUUAAUAAAAAAAACAUAAUACACGAAUGUGGAUAUUUGAAAAGAAUAGCUGUACAUUAUUUUAUAAGAAAAUAUAUAAAAAUAAGAUUGUCAAUA